AUGGAGGAGCGGGCCUCACCGCCACCACCUCCUCCUCCGCAUGAUUCUAAUUCUAAACCUCAAUUACCUAACAUUAACCGCAACACCUUCGUUGUCCAAGUCCCUAAGGACCAAAUCUACCGCGUUCCACCACCUGAAAAUGCGCGCCUUGCUGAGCAACGUCGAAGCUCUCCACCAAAGGAGAAAAAUCGGAUGUGUUGUUGGUGUUUUGUGUUGAUUUUCUUCAUAGCGGUUGUAAUAUUGAUUGGAGUUGUUUUGGGUAGCCUUUUUUCAAUGGUUCGUACGCCAAAGGACCCAAAAUUUUCUAUCCAACGGUUUCUUUUACAUACCAAACCCCACACACAAUACAAAAUCACAUUACAAGCCCAAAAUCCAAAUUCAAAUGUGGACAUUUUGUAUAAAGGAGGUGAUAUUUCCCUCUCUUUAAAAAGACAAAAAAUUGCUUCAGGUGCUUAUCCAACUUUCUCUCUAUCCAAUCAAAAUUCAACCAUGUUUGACGUAACUUUAAAAGGUUCAACAACCAAAUUGCCUAAGGAGGUGGAAGAAAGCGUGAAGAAUGAACAAAGGAAAGUGCAAAUUACAUUUGCCUUAUUAAUUCAUCUCCAAGCCCAAAUGAAAAUGGGAUUGUUGCAUAGUGGAUCAAUGAAAUACGAAGUUUCAUGCCAAGUAACGGUGGAUACAUUGGCAAGAAUCAAUCGUCAAGUAACGGUGGAUACAAUGGCAAAAAACAAUCGUGUAGUUUCUCAACAAUGUCAAACUAAACGACACUAG